AUUGCUAUUAGGAUCAUUAGAGUUAUGUUUCUAAAAUAAUGAAGCAAGUAUUCACAUUGGUUAGUAUGAAAGUAAUUUACCAAAAGUUCUUUUACUUUCUGUAACAACGGGGUUUUCCCCAUGACUAAAAUUAGAAAAAUUUCUGAAGUUAUGGAUUCAGACAAUGCAACACAAAUAGGAGAAAUUCCUGUUCAGAAAAUGUCUGAGUCAGUGUAUGUGUGGAUGUGUCGAGAGAUAUAUAUAGGGACUCCACAACAGGUGGCCUCCAGGAGAGAUAUAGUGGAUAUCAGGGAGCUGUUGAGGAAUCAAGAUGAAUAUCUGGAGAGAUCAAUGAUGAGUGGAAGUAUGAGAGAAGGAUUUAGAUUACUUGGUUCAGACGUAGACUUUAUGAUCUGGCAAACUAACAUUCGAGUGAUCUGGGAUUUCUCUCAGUCUGAGUUUUACAACAUACACAGACAGGUACUGAUUCUCUGUGACAGUUCUGAGAGUCCACCAGGAUUUACGUUACUUUGGUUACCAUUGGAGAGUGCUGGACAGAUAGUGUUGUCAUCGUGUGUGAGGAUGAAUGGAGGACUCUAUAUAUCAAGUUCUAAAUACAGGGAGAACGUGUGUGCAUCAUUGAGUCCUGGUUCUACAAUACAUGGACCAUGUAGCAGUGGAACAAGUGGUUCAAUAGAAUACGAUUUUGCUCAUUGUUUUGCCAGUGAUUUUUGGCCUCCCUCUGCUGUCUCAUGGAUAGACAGGUGUCACUCAUGGCCUCCACCUCAUGUUGUCAAUGACAUCGUCAGAAAUGGAUGUCACUUUGUAGCAAUAGGACACAAACUAGGAAACCAUGAAGACAACGAAUGGAGAAUUUCUUUCUCUCUGGCAGAAUACAAACUUGUGUACUCAAUGAAUCACACACAGUUCUUAAUUUAUGGUGUGUUAAAAUUGUUCUUAAAGGAAAUAAUUAACAAUGGAUUAAGAGAUGAAGAUAAACUACUGUGUUCCUAUCACAUGAAAACAGCUGUUUUUUGGGCCAUUCAACAAAACACACUACCUCUCUGGUGUCCACAAAAUCUCCUGGCCGGUGUCUGGGUCUGCUUCAAACUUCUCCUUAAAUGGGUGUACGAAGGAAUUAGUCCAAACUUUUUCAUUCCAGAAAACAACAUGUUUCUGAGCAAAAUCCAUGGCCAAGCACAAACAAGUUUAUUCAGGAGACUGUAUGGGUUGUAUGAGAUGGGUAUAGCAUUGCUGCUACACAGUCCCUCCAUCAGGUCCUCUAUCAUUGAUGUCCUCUGUAAUCCCAGACUCGCGGUGUGUACUGAUGAACACACUCUGAUCUCUGAGGUUGAGUUUGAUGUAGGGUUAUUUGUCGAGAUAUUUACUAUAGGUUCACAACAUCCAUCCGACCUACAGCACUGUAUGAAGAUCCUACACACAAUAGAACAGUUGAUAGGUUCUCCUCUGUCACAGUAUCAAGUUGUAAGUUUACAGAAACAUACAGCCACCACCCUUCAGCGUACUGCUUUUAUAUUACACAACAUGUACACAAACACAGGUGUUAACAAACAGGUGUAUAUUGCUGACAAAUUGUCAAGGCAUAUGCUGAAAUUAGCAGCCAAGUUUGGGUUUGUUUCUGACAUGUUGUACAUUGCCAUGUAUUAUUACAAGACACUCAGAUACAGGGAAGCUUUAUCUGUUAUAGAGAUGACAAAGGUCAAGUUAGCACAGCCAUAUCUGAUGUAUGUACAUCAAGUAGACACAGAGAGGUAUACUGAGGCUGUAGGGGGACAGUCCUGGUCUACAAAGAUCAGACAGGCUGUAGCAGGGAAUAUCGAACUUGUCAAUGAAAUAUGUUAUAUCAGUGAACUGCUACCAGAACAACAAUCUAAUAGACAAAACGGAUUGCCUGCAUUGACUAUUCCUCCCCAUGUACUGUUACACAUGUUAGAGUUUUUAAGCUCUAGACAUGUUGACACAAUGAGAGCACAAGCAGCUCUAGAUGAGCUACAGGUUCUAGUUCACCAUGAUCAGGGACUGUAUGUAGAUAAUGAUACCAGAGACAUCUCCUGGGAGAUCCUGGGGAUCUGUCAACAGAUCACAGGGAACAUCCAGGCUGCCCUGUACUCAUACCAACAGUCACUCAGACAACGUCCAUUCCAUAAAAUACAAAUUGCUACCACAGAAAGAAUCCAAGACUUACACUUUUCGACACCCCAUUUUUAUUAAAUGUCACUCUGACAUUAUGAGGAUAAUGCCCUGAACAUUUUAACUUGACAUGAAAUAAGAAUACCAUGAAUGUUGUUAGGUUUUACCUGAGUGUUUAAAACAACCAACAGGAACUUCAUGGAAGGUCUUAUCUGAGUCUACUGUGCCAGAGUCGUAGUUUUACUGGUUCCUAAAAAUAUAAUGUUUAAAUCAAUACUUUAAAGAAUAUGAUGUACAAAAUUUGGGUGCUAGUUUUUCGCAUAUUUUUACCAAACUAUGUAUUUUUAUAUUUGUGACCUUAGUUGUUUUAUGAUGGCUAUGAAAAUAUCAUAAAACAAGAUUUGUAAAUUAAAUAACUCUAGGGAUAAGAGUUCCAAGUUACUUAAUGAAAUUUUAGCACAAUUACAUGUUGUUGAUAUAUGGAAGGAUAAGCUGAAUGAUACAGACGGUUUUACAUGGUGCGAUGCUACUGACACACCAAAAAGUAGAAUUGAUUUCAUUUUUCUAAGCAAAUAUUUAUAUUUAAAAGCUAAAAAUUAAUCUCAGUUCGUAAAAUCCCCGGUACACAUUCCAACGGAACGAGAAUGUCAGAUCAUAUGGCUAUACGAUUUAACGUUAAAUUACACGAAAAUGAAAGAGGAACAGGUUAUUGGAAACUUAAUAAAUCUCUACUUGAAAAAUCGGAUUAUAAGGAAAAAAUAUAUGACAUUAUUCAAAAUAUCAGUAAAUCAUGCGUUACUUUUAUGCAAAAAUGGGAACAGCUGAAACAGGAGGUUAAACGAUUUUCUAUUCAUUAUUCAAUAAAAAGUCAUAAGAGUUACAAAGAUCAGAUUAAAAACAUAGAAAAGGAAAUAAUCGAGAUAGAAUCGUUACCUUAUUUAGAAAUUAAUCUGAAUAAAAAGCGAACUCUUGAAAGACAACUAAGCGAUUUAUACGAUAGAAGAGCAAAAGGCGCUCAAAUUAGAUCUCGCGCAAAAUGGAUAAAUGAAGGGGAGAAAAACACGAAAUUCUUUUUAGGCUUGGAAAAAAAACACCAAACACAGAAUACUAUUUAUGAACUAAAAGAUAAAAAUAAUGAAACCCUUACUACUGAUGAUGACAUAUUAGGUGAAAUGUGUUGCUUUUAUGAAGAACUCUAUCGUAGUAAAAAUAUAAGUAGUUCUGAAAUUGAAAACUACUUACAAAAUAGUAAUAUCAUGCGUUUAUCUGAAAAUGUAAAAAAUACAUGUGAUCAAUUUCCAAACUUAGAAGAGUGUAGAGAUACCGUAAUGAACAUGAAACAUAAUAAAUCGCCAGGGUUAGACGAAUUACCAGUUGAAUUCUAUCUAUGUUUCUGGGAUAAAAUAUCAAUACUCUUUCAUAAUAUGCUUAAAGAAAUAUUCAGUUUAGACGAAAUGACAUUUUCACAACGACUUGCUGUAUUAUCUUAAAUUCACUAAAAAGGAGAACGGUCACAGCUUACAAACUAUAGACCAAUUAGUCUCACUAAUACUGAUUACAAAAU